AUGCAACAUCAAGAUAUGAACGGCGUUAGCCAAAGGAUUAGAGAGAGAGUCUCUCAAGGUUACCAAUUGCCUCCACAACAGUUCCAAAGGGUUCCAUUGCCACCUAUGGCCCAGGCCCCAAUGCUUGUGAAUGAGCGUUCGGUUUCUUCUACAUCCUCUUUGGAGAUGUGGGAGAAGGAUUUGGAUGAAAGACUACAGAUGAUUGAUCAAAACAUCUCGAGAAACAAGAACGGUGCUGCUGAACUAACGACCAUGUUCGCUUCUGGUAAGCUGGAAGAAAUGGAUUUCUAA